ACGUGAAGUGAGCGUGCGUGUCCCUUUAAGAUACGCAAUCCUGUUGCACGGAGAGACUGGUGAUUUUCCACUCCCCGUUCUUACAUGCGCUCCCCAUAUAAGACAGAAGUCUGAGGGAGAGGGCGUAAAGAUUAUUUUCGCUGGCUUGUAGCCUCAGCACAAGAAGACAAAAGAACAACAGACGGAUUUGAGCAAUAUUUUGCACGGACAGUAUGGCACAGAAGGAAAAAUUGCAGUGCCUUAAAGAUUUCCAUAAGGACACUUUGAAGCCGUCUCCAGGUAAGAGUCCUGGCUCGCGCCCUGAAGACGAGGCAGAGGGCAAGCCACCACAGCGGGAGAAAUGGGCCAGCAAGAUGGAUUUCGUGCUCUCCGUGGCCGGAGGUUUUGUCGGUUUAGGCAACGUUUGGCGUUUCCCGUACCUCUGCUACAAGAAUGGCGGAGGUGCAUUUCUCAUCCCCUACUUCAUAUUUCUUUUUGGCGGAGGUUUGCCCGUCUUCUUUCUGGAGGUGGCACUCGGACAGUUCACCUCUGAGGGAGGAAUCACCUGCUGGGGGAAACUUUGCCCCAUUUUCACUGGAAUCGGCUAUGCUUCAGUCGUGAUAGUGUCGCUGCUCAACAUCUACUACAUUGUGAUCCUGGCAUGGGGUCUUUACUACCUGCUGCAGUGUUUUCAGAACGAGCUGCCCUGGGCUCGCUGCAGACACAGCUGGAACACGGCGAACUGCAUCGAGGACACCGUCCGCAAGAACAAAACCCUCUGGCUCUCCGCCAACGCCACCAACUUCACCUCGCCGGUCACUGAAUUCUGGGAGCGGAACGUCCUGAGCAUCUCUUCAGGGAUCGAUGAGGUUGGCGGGCUGAAGUGGGAUCUGGCGCUCUGCCUGCUGGCUGUGUGGAUCAUCUGCUUCUUCUGCAUCUGGAAAGGAGUCAAAUCCACUGGCAAGGUGGUCUAUUUCACAGCCACGUUUCCCUUCCUCAUGCUGAUUGUGUUGCUGGUUCGUGGUGUGACUCUGCCUGGUGCCGCCGAGGGCAUCAGGUUUUAUCUUUACCCUGACCUGACCCGUCUGCAGGACCCGGAGGUGUGGAUUGAUGCAGGCACUCAGAUCUUUUUCUCUUAUGCGAUUUGUCUUGGUGCAAUGACAUCACUGGGAAGCUACAACAAAUACAAGUAUAACUGCUACAGGGACUGCAUGCUGCUCGGAUGCCUUAACAGCGGUACCAGUUUCGUGUCAGGCUUUGCCAUCUUCUCCGUGUUAGGGUUCAUGGCACAAGAGCAGGGCAUUGCCAUUGCCGAUGUGGCAGAGUCGGGUCCUGGUCUGGCUUUUAUCGCAUACCCAAAGGCCGUUACAAUGAUGCCACUGCCAACAGUCUGGGCCAUACUUUUCUUCAUUAUGCUUCUGCUGCUGGGCCUAGACAGUCAGUUUGUAGAAGUGGAGGGUCAGAUCACCUCUCUGGUGGAUUUAUACCCAUCCCUCCUAAGGAAGGGAUACCGGAGAGAAAUCUUCAUCGCUGUGAUCUGCAUGAUCAGUUAUCUGCUGGGACUCACAAUGGUCACUAAAGGUGGCAUGUACGUGUUCCAGCUUUUUGACUUUUACGCUGCCAGCGGUGUGUGUCUUCUCUGGGUUGCAUUCUUUGAAUGUGUUGCAGUAGCCUGGGUUUAUGGGGCUGAUAAUUUCUACGAUGCUAUAGAGGACAUGAUCGGCUACAGACCCGGUGGUUGGAUGAAAUGGAGCUGGAUGCUGAUCACACCGGUCCUUUGUGUGGGUUGUUUUGUCUUUUCGUUGGUGAAAUACAAGCCGCUCACUUAUAACAAGCUUUAUGAAUAUCCUGAUUGGUCGAUUGGAUUGGGUUGGGCUCUUGCACUGGCUUCGAUGAUUUGUAUCCCGAUGAUGGUCGUCAUCAAAAUCAUCCAAUCUGACGGCUCCCUAAUAGAGCGAAUCAAAGCCGUGGCGGCACCUGUGAAAGGAGGCGCUAGCUCUCGUCCAAAGGAAUACAGUCUGAAGAACAGCGAGCUGCUGCACCCUCUGGACCCCAACGGUAUCCACGCCUUCGCGAAACACCCCCACACCAUCGUAGAAACUAAUAUGUGAGACUCUCUAAGAGAGAUUCCCAUAUUCUCCUCCUCCUUUCCUCUCCUAUCGGAGAUCCUAUUUUCCCUCUCCCUUCUCCUGAAUUCCUCCCUCUAUCUGCACUAGUACAAGUCUAGUUGGGUUUUUAUGAACAUUAUCAAGAAAUUAUCUUGCUGUAUAUCGAUAUAUAUCUUUUUUUGCCAGUUAGGAUUUUUAUUGUUAUUGUAAUCACUGGUAUUAGCAUUAAUGCUGAUAUUAUUAUGACUUGAUGUGAGCUUAGGCAUCAGGGGGUGUUGGUUUAUUCUAUAGUGCACUGAUCCAUGUUGUGCAGUGUCCUAACCAGAUACAACACUGUAAAGCUACAAACGUUAAAUGUAAGUUUUUGCUUUCAAUGCGCAAGACAUUUUGUUGGUCAGUUGCAUUCUUUGUAGCAUCUGGCAGGGUAGUCCCGCCCACAGCGAUCCAAAGGUAAGAUAAGGUAACUUCAUUGGUCCAAAAAUUCUGCUUCACAUAGCUGCAUAUAGAGUGCAACAGUCUGGUUCCUGAAGUAAAAAUAGCAUUCAUUUUCUCCAUAGGCGAACUCAUUUUUAUCGAUAAUAAUAAGCCUUUAAAAACAGAACUACCGUGAGCUCCGAGGUUGUGAAUCAAUACUUCUGCUGAAGCCAUCAGUGCAAAUUAUUUCAACUUCACUUUUGAAAAAUAGUGUUAAAUAGUGGAAUAUCUGGUGAAGAACUACACUUCACAUGAUCCCGAAGAGAAAGAUCCACCAAUAAGAAAGUCGCGAUCAACAAAGCGCGCCCAAAGAGCUCUGCAGCGACCACUCACUCCCAUGAUGCAAUUGAGUCGUUCUCCCUACACUUUCAAAUUACUUCAUUUAUAUAUAUAUAUAUAUAUAUAUGUAUUGAAUAUUUUGUAAUAUGCAGUACUUCAAAAAUAUUGAUUUUAUACUUAUAAUCAACAACUUUAAAUCAACAGUUGUAUUUGUUUCCAUAGUUUUUAAUUUGAUUACGUCAAUCGCAAUGCUUCAUGGGAUUGUAGUACAUUCCCUCAUUAAAGACUUCCUAUUUUUAAGUACUUUUUUUGCUUCAAAUCAAAGUUUGUAAUGUUGCGAUUCACCUCGGAGUUGGUUGGUUUGGUUCAUGGAUUACAACUCUUUUAUGAAAGAUUUUAUUUAGUCCCCAUGGAGAAAUUGAAUAGGAAAAAUCCUUCCGGAUGGCUGAAAGAGUGGGCGGGCGCUGUCACGCUCUAUUUAACACGAUAUAACUUUUAAAUUGGCUGUGAGUUAAACACAUUUGUAUUUCAGUGAGAACACUUAUUGCUGGAGACUUGCAGCGCCACAUCUGGUUAGGAUACGGUCAGCAUCUUUUGAGCAAGAGUGAGUUGUAUUUAAGAGUUUAAGAGCUUAAUUUGUAGAAAAUACAUACAGCAGCAGCAGCAACGUUAAAUGUGUGACAUUUAGCAACAUUAUGAUGUCUGUCAGUGGUUGUGGCAGUAACCUUUAUACAAUGAGAUUUGUCUGGAAUAAAAAUGUGAUGCUGUGCACAGCUUAUAAAUACAUACACAUAUACAGUGGGGUCCAAAAAUCAGAGACCAUUAUUGAAAUUGCUUAUAUUUAGCACACUUGUUUUUCAUUAAAAAUUUUAUGAUCAGCAUAACAAUUUGACUGAAUAGUUAUAAAAUUAUUGUAAAAGUCCCACUUUUGCUGUAAUGACAUCAUGCACUCCUGGUUGCAUGGACUCCACAAGUUUGUGCCAUCCUAAUGAAAACGUUAUUUAGCAUGAUUUGAGACUGUUUUAAAGAGAAUCUUGUGUGCUUCAAUGGAAGCAAUGAAUGCAAAGGAUCUAACAUGGUCAAUGUGACAAAUUUGCAUCAAGAUGUUUCUUUUUGGAUUUUCAAAAUCCUAUAACUUUUCAUUUCUAGGUUUAGAUGGAAUUUAAAAUUCCAGAUUUUCAGAUGUGAUCUCAGACUUUUAAACACUGCUGUACGUACAUUAACACAUAAGAAAACCUUUUAUAAUCUUAACACUUUGUUGUUUUCGGUCUCUCGCUGUACAGUAGUGAUCACUGCCAUUGCACACACACACACACACACACACACACACACACACGCACACACACACGCACACACACACAGAGUCAUUCAGUUUAACUUUAAUACUGUAGGCAGCUGUGUCUGUGCUUCACAUUUAAUGUAUCAUUUGAUGCGCUAUAAUAAGCAUCAUUUACUGUUAGAGAUAUCUGAGAUCUGCUGAUUGCAACCAUUGUGCAGGGCCGUUUGGCAGUACUAUUCUAAAAACCAGAUGUGUUUAUCACAUGAUCCAGUCUAGCCAAACCGCUUAACACCAUAUCAAUCAUCAGAUUUCAGAAUGAAUGCAGAAAAUCUGGGCUUUAAACAAUGCACAGACACUGCCAUUCCUGCAAACCCCAAGGCCCGUGGAAUUGUACAGACACUGCCAUUCCUGGCCCAAGGCCUGUGGAAUUGUUUAUGAACCGAGCCUUAAAACCUCAAAAUAUUCAAGCUAAUCACCAACAGCAAAGAACUGCCCUUCAUAAUACCUCUGUGUCCUUUACCCCAGACCACCCACCCCUUCAUAAAUACCAGCCCUUAGACUGACCUCUUUAUCCCUCUUGACGCCAGUGUCUUUGCAUACGUCAACUCAUCUGACCUGACCUAUGACCCAUUCUAAUUUUAACUAGCCCCUCUGUUCUGUUUCCAACAACACAUCCUUUUCCCUCCAAGCUUCCUGUUCAGGGAUAGCUCGCCCACAAUGAAAAUUCUUGACUCUCCAUCAUGUUGUUCCAAACCUGCAUGACUUUCUUCUGUGCGACACAAAUUGAGAUGUUAGACAGUAUGUUAGCCUCAGUCACCAUUCACUUUCAUUGCAUCUUGCUUCCAUACAAUGAAAGUCAAUUACAGGCUGCCCUUCUUCCAUAGAAGAAAGUCAUGUUGGUUUGGAACAACAUGAGGGUGAGUAAAUGACAGAAUUUAAAAUUUUGGUUGAACUAUCUCUUCAGCAAGUGUUUGCUCAUUUGUUGUAUUUUCAUUUAUCUAAAAUUUGCCUUUUCGUAUUUCAACCAUUUUAUACUGUACCUGAUUUGAUUGGUGAUUUGCAUAAUUUUUUCCGGAAUGUUUUCAGAAAUGUGUUUUUAAAUGUUGAUUAGUGUGAGCCUGAAUGCAAUUUGCAGUGUGCAAUAUUUGUAAACAAGUGGCUUUGUCAGUUUUUUAUCAUUUCUGCUGGAAAAUAUUGUAAUAAGGUUAAAACAGGACAUUCAAGAAACAAUUUUUCAUUCACAUAAAUGAAUGACUUAUUCUUACUUUGCUGUACGAUAAGGUAACUUCAUUAAACAAAUUCAGUCUUGUAAAACCAAAGUCGUUUUAUGAUGGACACCAUUUAAGAUGCAUAUUGCAUCUCUCAGA